UUGUGUUGUCAGGCAGAAAGACACACCAGUCAGGGUGGCGCGUGUCCCGAUACACAGGCGUCACAAUAAAACAAUAGUAGUCAUUUUUUGUUGUCAGUUUCAAAGUAGUUAGGCAUUAUUUAUCAUUUUUGCUACAAUGUCGGUGGGUGUGGAGUCUGGAUUCUCGAGUGAGGAGGUCUUGAACAGCCGCUUCCCUCUCCACCGGGCUUGCAGGGAUGGGGAUGUCGGUGCCUUGUGCUCCCUUCUUCAGUGCACCUCAAACCCGGCUGACCUCGCGGUGGAGGACACCUUCUACGGCUGGACGCCCAUACACUGGGCCGCUCAUUUCGGAAAGUUGGAGUGUGUGAUGCGUCUGGUUCAGGUGGGUUGUGGUGUGAAUGCCAUGACCUCCAGGUUUGCACAGACGCCCACCCACAUUGCUGCAUUUGGGGGCCACCCUGAGUGCUUGUUAUGGCUACUCCAAGCUGGUGCAGAUAUUAACAGACAGGACUAUGUGGGCGAGUCGCCCAUCCACAAGGCUGCUCGUGCGGGCAGUCUGGAGUGUAUCAACGCUCUCUUGAUUCAGGGAGCGAAAGCUGAUAUGAGGAAUGCCAGUGGGCUGACGGCUGCUGACCUGGCCCACGCUCAGGGAUUCCAGGAGUGCGCUGAGAUUCUCUCCAAUGCCCAGAACUUCCAACAAAACAUGGCUCAGUCCCAUAACGGAGCUUUUCUGAAUGGCAUGACCCAGAAUGGGGGCCACGCUCGCCCCACUAUCCAGGGACGCAGCUUCUUGAAUGGCGUUCCAAACAGAAAGAGGUCGUUCGAUGGCAUGGAGGUGAACCCAGGGAAGAAGGCUCGACCCAACGGUCUGGGCAUGCCACCAGAGCUGCUGAAUGGAAAUGGGCCACUGGGUGGCGCUGGAGAGCCGCAGAUGGAAAGCAUGAACAUGGAGUUGGCAGCGACUGUAACCUCAGUGGCAGGUGAGAAACACUGUGAGGAUUUUUCCUCAAAUGGUCACAGUCAGCUUCCCUUUGGGUGUGACCCAGCAACAGAAAUCCUCCACGGCCAACUUAUCUACGGUGACUCAUCUGAGAACAGCAGCUCUGCAGGCAGCCAGGUGGAGCACCAGAAGUCUGUGAAAGCAGAGCAGCUGUACGACCAUGCCUUCUUCACCACCAUGCUUCUUUACCACGGAUCCUAAAGUACAAAACAUUGAGUUGACGGGCCGUCCUUUUUGCCUGAAUGUCAUAUAAGCUUAAACAAGCAUUCAUUUGCCUUAAAGCCACUGAGUGGUCCAGUUAUUCAUUUAUUUUUUUUGUAUUUGGAAAGGGCCGGCCCAUGUUUUGGAUGAACUGAAAUGCGUGACUAAUUAAUUGUUGGUUAAGGAGUGUUUUUUCUCUGUUUGUGUUUAAAGAAAAUGUUUGUUUAGCUUAUUAUUAAAGUUUGAUUAGGCUGUAAAUAGCCUUGUCCUGUUAAUACACUAAAAUAAGCAUCUGUAUUGAACCACUGCCAAUAAUUAAUUUUGUGUCUGUCUCAAAUAGAAGUGGGGGGUUAAUUAAAAAAAAAAAAAAGCAAGAUACUCAUUAAUAAUUAAAGUUUUCCAAAAGUUAAA